AUGCCUUGCGGACUCGGAGGGUCGAAAACAGUGCAGCGCAAGCUCGUCUUGCUCGGCGAUGGUGCCUGCGGAAAAACCUCACUGCUCAACGUUUUCACAAGAGGCUAUUUCCCCACUGUAUACGAGCCGACAGUCUUCGAGAACUAUGUGCACGACAUUUUCGUCGACAAUGUCCAUAUUGAACUGUCAUUGUGGGAUACCGCUGGUCAGGAAGAAUUUGACAGGCUACGAAGUCUAUCAUACGAUGACACCGACUUAAUCAUGCUUUGCUACUCUGUCGACAGCAAGGACUCACUCGAAAACGUCGAAAGCAAAUGGCAAGGCGAAAUUGCUGAAAAUUGCCCGGGUGUCAAGAUUGUUUUGGUCGCGUUGAAGUGCGACCUGCGCGAGGCAACCGAGGACGAAGAGGAUGGCGGAGCCAACGAAGACGGUGCUCAGCGUGAGAAGAAGCCAAUGAUCAGCUACGACCAGGGCCUGGAAGUGGCUCGCCGGAUCAAGGCCCUUCGAUAUCUCGAAUGCUCCGCCAUGCGAAACCGGGGAGUCAACGAAGCCUUCACCGAGGCGGCGCGUGUCGCUUUGUCAGUGAAGAAGGACCGGGAGGAGUCAAAGUGCGUGGUCAUGUAA